UGAUCGUGGUGCGGUCGGUCGGGAGGACAGUCUUCACUCCUGCCGGGGCUCUCUUCAAUCCGGCUCCACACUCGCACCAGCCACCAGUAACCCCCCCACCUCCCCGCUCCGGGAACCAGGACGAUGGCCGCCGUGGCUGCGACCCCGCCCGGGCAGCAGCGGGGCUCCUGCGGCGCCAGCGCGGGACUGAGCCCCGGCCGGAUCACGCGGCUGCAGGAGAAACAGCAGCUGCGGGAGCUCAACGACCGCCUGGCCGUCUACAUCGACACGGUCCGCAGCCUGGAGUCCGAGAACGACGUACUGCAGCUGCAGAUCAGCGAGAAGGAGGAGGUGCGGACCCGCGAGCUGAGCGGGCUGCGGGCGCUGUACGAGACGGAGCUGGCGGACGCGCGGCGGAGCCUGGACGACUCGGCCAAGGAGCGAGCCUGGCUGCAGAUCGAGCUGGGCAGGCUGCGGGCCGAGCACGACGAGCUGCUGGGGAGCUACAACAAGAAGGACUCUGAGGCGACAGGAGCUCAGGCCAGACUGCAGGCCGUGGAGGCUCAGCUCAACUCUAAAGAUGCCAUGCUGACUACGGCCGUGUCUGAGAAGAAAGGCCUGGAAGCUGCGCUGGCCGAGCUGCAGGAGCAGUUUCAGGAGCUGGAAACGGGUGUCACUCAGGCCAAGAAGCAGCUCGCAGAUGAGACGCUCGCGCGCAUCGACCUGGAGAACCGCUGCCAGAGCCUGACGGAGGAGAUGGUCUUCCGCAAGAGCAUGCACGAGGAGGAGGUGAAAGAGGCCCGGCAGCGGUACGAAACCGGGCUGGUGGAGGUGGAUUCUGGACGGAAGACGGAGUACGAGUUCAAACUGAGUCAGGGGCUGGCUGACAUGAGAGCUCAGAACGAGGAGCAGAUCCAGAUCUACAGGGACAGCAUGGACAGCACCUACCGAACUAAAAUAGAAGACCUGGAGCGCUUGUCUGAGAUGAACGGAGAUUCCGUCAGCAUGGCCAGAGAAGAGCUCAGAGACUCCAGCCUGCGGAUCGAGAGCCUGACGGCCCAGCUGGCGGGACUGCAGAAGGAGACUCGUGGUUGGCGAGAUCGCAUUGCAGACCUGGAAGCAGCGUUGGAUCAAGAGAAGGACACGGCCCGUCAGCUGCUGACAGAGAAGGACCGCGAGCUGGUGGCGAUGCAGUCCAAGAUGCAGGAGCAGUUGAACGAGUACGAGGUGCUGCUGGACGUCAAACUGGCCUUGGACAUGGAGAUCAACGCCUACCGCAAACUUCUGGAAGGAGAGGAAGAAAGGCUGAAGCUGUCUCCCAGCCCGUCCUCCCGGGUCACGGUGUCCCGAGCCUCCUCCAGCAGCCGCAGCGUCCGCACCACUCACGGGAAAAGGAAGCGCAUUGAUGUGGAGGAACAGGAAGCCAGCAGCUCGGUAUCCAUCGCUCACUCCGCCUCGGCCACGGGACCCGUCUGCAUCGACGAGAUCGACACCGACGGGAAGUUCAUUAGCCUGGUGAACAGCGGAGACGAGGACCAAGCCAUGGUGGGGUACGAGAUGACGAAGACCGUUGAGGACACCACCGCCACCUACAAGUUCACCCCCAAGUUUGUCCUCAAGGCCGGGGCGAAGGUCAUGGUCUGGGCCACGGACGCUGGAGUGAGCUCCAAACCACCCUCGGACCUGGUGUGGAAGAACCAGCCGUCCUGGGGAUCAGGAGACGACAUCAGCGUGGUCCUGAUGAACCCGCAGGGGGAGGAGGUGGCCAAGAGAACCACCACAUACAAGACGACAGAGGAAGAGGAAGAAGCAGAGGAGGAGGAGGAGGAAGAGGAGGAUGAUGACGACGACGGGGUGGAGCAGCAGGGAGACCCCCAUGCCUCCAGGAGGAACUGCUCCAUCAUGUGACGGGGCCGCGCCCCCACCGCCUCUCUGAGCCCAGCAAGUCUGCUGCCAACCACAAUAGUGCUAUUUUUCUACCUUUUAUAGUGUUACUUACUUCAGCAACAUGUUUGAGUUUGUUUGGUUUUUUUUUUUUUUUUUUCUUCUUUUUUUGGUUAAAAUUUAAAACUGGCUUUUGAUAGUUUUCAUGUGAAGCACCAACAGAACCUGGAGGCGUUUGUUAGUGGAGCAGCUGCACGUUGAACCCAAGCUUUGGAUCAAAAUGACGACUUGUUUUUAACACCGAUAUUAAAGGAAGUUAAGUUAAUGUUUUCUGUUGUUGAUGGUGUAUUUUAGGCCUUUUUAAAGGAGCGAGACAAUGACUAGUUUAGGUCAGGGGUUGUUGAAGUCGGUUUGUUUCUCCCACAGCGUUGGCGCCGCCGCCGUCACUCUGACAAGUGACCGCCGUGGGCCUGAACGUGGAGCCGAGUGUUCGGCGGCGGUAAAACCCGUCAGAGCUCCGGUUGGUGGGACUGAAGCAUCGAUGAUAUGAGACACUACAUAAAUGAACUUUUAUGGGAGGCAGACUGUUGAAAAUGGUUUCCUUCUCCUAUUUCAGGGUUGGCAGUGUCUCCUCACACAGAUUUCCUCUUCGCUGACUUUGUUGAAGCGAAGUAAUCCACGUGUUGAUUGUAAUAACUUUUUGAUAUUUGAAGUGUUUUAAGUUGUGUUACUCUGCAUGCAGUAGCUGUCUGUUAUCUUCGUAGCCCAAUCAUUAAAAGUCUUCUUUUACUCACA